AGCGCUUCUCGAUCAAUCGGCGAUUGGCCGAUCGCGUCGCCGCUACGUGGGAGCCGCGACCACCGAGCGUCUCGGACUUAGGACAGCGCGCGGCACUUGACUCUGUCGCUCCCCCUUCCUUCUUUCAUCUGGCAACCCCUCCUACAACAUGGUCGGCACCCUGACUUUCCAAAACCUUAGCGCGACCUUGAAGAAGUUCCACAAGGACACCGGACUCGCAGCGGCUGGCAAGCGACCCGUCACCCCAUUCUUCUGCGAGGAUCCGCCGGACGCACUGGAAUGGCAACCCGAGGAGAUGAAAGCGCUGAAUAAGCUGAUCAAGGCGUUCGUCGACGAGCGGUGGACUCUCCAGGCCGUCGAGGUCGUCAUCCAGGACCACAUCAUCACCGAUGACUGGUUCACAGUCCUCGAGAAUGUAUCCAUCACCCGGCUGCCUUAUGUCGAGGCGGCCAUGCAGUAUGUGAGGUCUACCCGCGAAGGCGAGGUGCGCACUCUCCAGCGCGUCCUCAUCGACAUGAAAAUCGAAGCUGUCCCUUCAACCAUCACCGACGACUUCACCAUGCCCCACCUCAACAUCUUUAUGCCAUGGAUAGCCGGUGAUCGGUUGAGGAUUUCCAACGUCCUUGAGCCCGACAGUGAUCGCAGCGUCUCACCGGAGUCCGACCGCCCCGACAGCCCUGCGCGCAACAGCGCCGCUCCGGAUGAGGGGGAGGCAGUGGACGCGCAGGUCGAGGAUGUGCUGGGCGACGACGCGCAGCUUGAGGAUGCGACGGGCGGUGACGCGCAGGUCGAGGACGCGCCGGGCGAGGAUGCGGAUGGGGCAAAGGACGCGCUGGGCGACGACGCGCAGGUCGAGGACGUGCUGGGCGACGACGCGCAGCUUGAGGAUGCGACGGGCGGUGACGCGCUGGUCGAGGACGCGCCGGGCGAGACUGAACCGGGCGAGGACGGUGAGGACCGCGAUGACCGCAACGACGACGACGAGGCGACCGGUGAAUACCUCGCACGACGUGCAAGCCCCGCCACGACUGACAUCCAUGCAGCCCGCCUGCAACACCACCCGUAUGCGCAACGCGCACGCGAGGCCAACGAGGCGCGGGAGCGUGAAGACCGACCCGCCCUGCCCCAUACGAGCGCGUCGCCUGUUGACGGCAAGGUCGAGGUCGAGGCGGCAGAUGAGAGCGAGGUCGAGGUGGAGGAGGCAGAUGAGAGCGAGGUCGAGGUGGAGGAGGCAGACGAGCUCGUCGACAGCGAGGACGACGAAUCGCCGACCGGACCCAAGGGCAAGGGGAAGGCCCGAGGGGGAAAACGCAUCAGCAGCAAUUCGGCGCGGAAGGCACGGGCAGCAGGCAAGGGCAAGGCGUCGGCCGUGCCCAAGCGUGAGGACCCGGAGGUGGACAACUCUGCGCCCAAGUGGGAAGGGCAGUGGACCCUUCUCAUGCCCGCAACUGAGAAGAACGACAACGUGCACGCGAAGUUCAUGGGCAAGUGGCGAUGUGCGCAGUGCAAGAAGAGAGGCGCCACCGAAUGCGUCAUCCGCGGCCUCGGACGCAGGUGCGUCGCCUGCAUCACCGGGCAUAGAUCUCCAUGCGACAUUAAGACCUACUACGAAGCAGAGGCCGUCUACGUGAACGACCAGAAACACGGUCGAUACGCUGACCUUCCCCCCGCGCGCUCGACCACUGCCCCCACGACCUCAAAGAUCAACCCGCGCAAGCGGAUGGCGGUCUCUUCGAGCGAAGAAAUGUCGGACAGCCCGGGCGAGGACGACAUCGUAAGUCGCACUCCACAAAGCGGCAAGGCGAAGACGGCUGCGAAGCCCAAGACGAAGGUCGCCGCACCCGUCUCCAGGACGUCGGCGAAAUCGGCGACGGCCACGCCGAACAAGCGCAAGAAAGUCGACGCCACGCCGGAGGCCAAGCCGUCAUCGGCGAAGAUAUCGGCGCGCGCAUCAAAGCCUGGGCCGUCCCAGAAGACGGCCGACAACAAGAGCACGCGCGCCGAGGCAAGGGAGACGAUAACCAUCGACUCUGACUCCGAGGAUGACCAGCCCCUACGCGCCUUAGUUGCCGGUGCGGCGAGCAGCCCCGACGCUCCCGAAGACGCGAUGGAUAUCGAUGAGCCGCAGGUCGUCGACGGCAAAGGGAAGAGUAGGGCGGGCGACCUUGGGCAGCUGCCCGAGGCGGUCCAGAACGACAGCGAGCCAGACGACCACGGUUCCCCGUGGCACGGCGAUCGGAACGCGGUAGUGACGAUGGGCUGGCUCGGUACGCGGUGGAAGGAGCUGAUGGAGCAGAUCCGGGACCGCAUCGAGGAUGAGGUGGAGAGCGCGGUGGGCUACCACAUUGCGAAGAUGCAAGCUGCGUCCAGCAAGCCGCAGGUCCCAGCUCACCAACCGCCCGAGGACCUGGUGCGCCGGCCGGGGUGGUACCCCAAAUACGACGGGCCGAGGCCUACGCCCAUUAACAACCUGAAGACCGAAAUGCUCGCGUCGAGGACCUCGAACGCGGCUGCUCCCUCUUCCUCGAGCGGCGCUGCGCGGUCGUCCUCAAAUCCCACAGCGUCGAGUUCUAGGAACGCCGCAGCGUCAUCGUCAAAGGACGACAUGGCCGCAUUCGCGCCCGACACCCCGACCCCGAAGCAACGCGGCGGCGGCUCGACAGCUUCAGCGUCGCGCAAGACCACGGGUGCCAAAAAGGCGGUCCACAAGGACUAGGACAGCUCGCGAUGUGUGAUUGUACGGACAAGGUUGGUCUUGAUAGUAUGUACAUACACAAACGCCGUGUCUUGCUGGGCUGCGUCCCAUGUCUUCUGGUCUCUAACGCUAUCGCACCGUGUCGCGUGUCGUCAGCGCAUAUCUUGUCAUACUCGUAUUGUUCUCGCUCGCUCGUCGUCGCUGCCGUGUACCCAGGUCGUACUGUAUCAUACUGUUGCAAUGUCAUAACGUGUACCAUGUCA